AUGGUUAGAAAGAGCUUAUACAUUUUGGCAGUAGCUGGAGUAGGAAUCAUAAGAGCCGGGGGGCUUUACAUACCCAGCAAUGUCUUACAGGAUCUAGGGAAGAGUUCCAACAACGGGUGCCUCAUGAUUGCAGAGGUUGGAGGAAACUUCAGUGUUGUAGCCAGUGGAGAACCUGUAUACAUCACAGAGCAAGCCGGGCAUUCUGAGGUGGUCUGGCAGCCUGUAGCUGGGGAAAAUAGAGCGGUGCCUGUAUACGCACCCACAGCAGAAGAAAUAAGAGAGAGUAUUCCUUCAGCAGCCGGUAUUGCACCAACCCAGUAUAUUCCUCCUCAACAGGGAGGAUUCGUUCCUUCUUCUACACCUGUAUUUGUAGCUGUUGAAGAGGUUGGACCUUCUAAUGGCACUGUAGUAUCCUCUACAUCUGAAACAUGUGGACCAAAGACUGCAGGUGCAACCACCGGUGCUGCUGCAGGGACUACUGGUGACAAGUCAAAGGCCGGCGCUGCAGGAACCACUGGUGAUAAGAGCAAGAACAAUACAUCUUCCUCAAAGAAAAAGAAGGGUGCCAAGAGUCUUAUGGCGUUUGGAGCAGUUGUAACUACAGCAUUGUUCUCAAUCCUGUGA